AUGGGUAUGGCUAUACAAACUAAAAAUUUAUUGAAUUUACAAUUUCCAUCAUUAUUAUGGAAACCAUUAGUGCGUCAAUCAGUUACUGUUGAAGACAUUGAAGAUAUUGAUAUGCAGAGUUUCACAACCAUAAAUGAAUUAGAAAAAAGAGUGAAACAAACUAAAACUAUGAACACCAGUGUUACUGCUGAUAGCGAAGAAAAAUAUACAGAUAAUAUUAAUUUUUUGUUUGAUAGUAUUAUGAGUGAAUUACACUUUGGUAUUGUUGGUUCAAACAUGCAGACAUACGAAUUAGUACCCAAUGGUUCAACUAUUCCAAUAACUGUGGCCAAUCACAAAGAAUAUUGUUUGAAAUAUUGUGAAUAUCGUUUACAGGAGUUUAAUAAACAAGUCAAUUAUAUUCGACAAGGUUUAUAUAGCGUAGUUUCAUGGCCAAUGUUAGCAUUAUAUACUCCUUCUGAACUAGAAGAAGUUGUUUGUGGUAAACCCAUAACUGAUGUUGAUUUGUUAAAACAACAAACAGAAUAUAGAUGUUCAACUGAUCAUCAUAAUGCACCAUACAUAAAACGAUUUUGGACUGUAUUAAAAGGUAAAUUGGAUGAAGACCAAAAAAAUUAUUUUUAA